AUGAGUUCCUCAACGGCCACCCCCUCGAGAAAGUCGUUUACUAUCGACUGGGAUAAGAGGGUCGAUGAGGUCAAGGUUACCAAAACUGAUCUGAAUGCCCUAGUCAUGAACUAUCUUGUCAUAGAAGGUUAUAAUUCCGCAGCAGUUAAAUUUGCUCAGGAAGCAAACAUAUCCCCGCAGAUCGAUCUAGAAUCGAUCCAGGAACGAGUGGAGAUACGAAAUGCUAUACAUCGAGGAGACAUCCAAUCUGCGAAAGAACGCAUCAACGAAUUAAAUCCCGAGAUAUUAGACACCAAUCCAUCUUUACACUUCUCACUUCUUCGCCUCCAGCUGAUUGAAUUGAUCCGCAAAUGCACUUCAGAUCCAGAUGGUGACAUAUCUGCGGCGCUUACCUUUGCUACAAACGAGCUGGCACCUCGAGCACCUAGCAACCCAGCGUUUCUAAAAGACCUCGAACGAACUAUGGCUCUUCUGUGUUUCCCGCCUGCUAGUCUUGCUCCUCCUCUCGCGGGACUUAUGGAUCCGGCAUUGAGGAAAGAGGUCGCCCGUAAAGUAAACGAGGCUAUUCUCGAAGCACAGGGUGUGCAAAAAGAAGCUAGAAUACGCCGUUUAGUAAGGCUGAGAGCAUGGUCUGAACAAAGAAUGCGGAGUGAAAAGAAAGAUAUCCCCCUAAUGGACCUUGGUCUUGAUCUAGGCCAGGCAGUAGAUGAACCAAUGGGUUCGUGCCAGUGA